GAGUAACUUUAUUGGUAUGGUUGCAACAUUCAUUUUGUUCACAAUACUUGUUAACCUUCUCUGUUAAGAUUUCACUGAUGCAGGAAUCUAAGGAACCAAUAGAUUUUACAGAAACAGGAAAUCUUGAUGAUGAACUUGAUGUUCAGGAGGAGGUAUGGAGCUAUCCUUUUAGUUAAAUAAAGCAUGUGUCUAUGAUAUAUGCUGUUCUAUCGGAACUAUAGCAGUAUGAGUGGUGCUGAUAUAUGGGGCCAACCAAGAAAAAAUAAAAAAAAUAUAAAAAAACCCAAAACACCACAGCCUUGUGAGCUCUACAGACUUUGGCAGCUGACUGGCUGAUCCAGGGAAAAUACUGACUGUGGCACACCCAAAGAGUCGGUUGAGGGAUGCCAAAAGUCUGCCCUCCCUAUGCACCUAACAGUCAAUGCUAGUGAGGGAAGUCACAGUGAAUCUUUUUCGAAGAUUUAGCAGGUGCCACAUGUAUUCCACAUUCCUACCUCCAGCACCCUCAAGGUUUUAUGCCUGCUUCUACCCUACAAAGGCUUAAUGCUUUUACCUGAAACUGCUCUUCCCAUCCACCAAGCACCAGCCAGUUCUAAAAGCCAUAAUUUACCCCUAACGUUUUCAAGUUACCUCAGUGACCGAAAAAGAAACAGCCCGACUCAAGACUGACUGUUUCGUGAGGGUUCAACCUGCUGCUUGAUAGCCAGUGUUUACUGGGUGUAGGUGGUAAUUUCCAGGUCUCAAAGCUCACUUCAUCUCCCUGAUUGACUUCUGUGAUGAAGCCGCCAACCAGAGAGAUGGCUUCAGGUUACAGCCUUUUAAAAUUAUUUCCUGGCAGACUCAGUCAGCCAGGACUGAACCCCUUGGUUAUAUAGUAAUAUAUAUGCAAAAGUUGUUGUUGUUUUUUUAAUAUGGUGUGUACACAGAACUAAUCACCUAUUACCCUCUCACAAUUCCCCAUCUUUUAAAACUUAUUUCAUUAGGCCAUGCGCAGACUCGCUUCAUGAAGGAAAACUAUUAUGGAUAUCUUGGACUCCCUGGCAAUAUUCAGGCACCAAUACUAUAUAAGCAUUUUCUGCACUGGGACUUGUCUUUGCACUUGAAGAAAACACUAAUUUCUUUGUCUGAACUCUACAGAGCUCUAUAAAUCUCCAAGUUUUGUCUGUUGACAUGUAAUCCUUAAAAUAGUCAAGUCUGAUCAGAAAAAUUUGUUCAUAGAAUCAAUGUUGGCAAGAUAUGGGAGGCAGAUCAUCAGAACUAUUACAGAAAUUGCAACCAGCUUUAGGGUUUGUCGGUCUGUGUAUACAACCCAUAUAAUCAAUGCAUAUAGGAAAAAAUAGCUACUUUAUGGUAACCCAGUCCCAGGGAUUGAGGAGAUUGUAAACUCUUCUUGAGGGCAGGAACCGUCUCUUAUGUGUUUGUAUUGUGCCUAGCACAAUGGAGCUCCAACCCUGAUGGUAGGCCUCAAGGUGCUACUGUAAUACAAAUAAUAAAUUCCUCACAAAAGAGAAACAAUAGGCAAUAGUAGCCCUAGGCCCUGACCUGCAAAAGGAUCUGCAAUCCCAUUUAAUUAGUUUCCCAGGACGUUAACACUGCUGCAUUCAACAACACACGUCUUUAAAAUCUAUCUAUCUAUUAGUCAUUCAAAAUAAUUCCUGGGUUUGUUGCAGCAUUACAGUCUCAAUAUAAAAAAUCCCUUAUAUAACAGAAAUGGAGUACAGAUGAAAUUUAUUCACUCAAAAUUGUUUACUAUAUUGCUAUAAAAUGUUAAUCAUAUACAUGGAUAAGGCUCAAUAAGAAGGAUUAUUACUUAAGAGUCUUGGUUCAUUAGUGCUAUUUUUAGUAACUCAUGCACUCCUGGUUAAUAAUCAUUACUGAAAUUAAACAUGGAUAGAUUGAACACUCCCUUACUCUACAAAUAGUCCCAUUGAAGUUCAUGGAAUUUGUGGAAUAGGCUGCUAUAAAACUGGAGUAAAGAUCUGAUUUAAUAUCUAGUUUGGUUUUUGAAAUGGGAUGUAACAGUAUCAUUGGUUUAAUGAAGAAUUAGCUGCAUAAACUGUUUCAUUCUUUUAAUACUCUACAAACUGCUUCUAUUCUUCUAAAAAAUGUGGACUUUUAAAAGUUAUGCUACAAUCCCCAGUGCAAUAAUUUACACAAAAUUUAGGAUUACAAGAAAACAUUUUAACUUCUGUUUUUAAGGCUUUAUAUUGGCUAUGUAAGAAAUGAUUGUUCCCAUGUAAUGAAUAUAUGUUUAGAUGAAGAAUUACACAAAUUGUUACAUUAAAAAUUGUAAAUAGAUUAGUUUUUAAAACUGAAAUUCCUUGUGGCAACUACCAAUAUACAAUGUUGAAAAAACAUGCAAUAAAAACCAUACGUAGUCCUUACAAAACAUAGGUUUCUAGAUUACAUCACAUUUAUGGUCUAAACUUUGUGAUCAUUUUAGUAUCUUCUCAUAUUUCCUGCUUUGAGCAGGGGGUUGGACUAGAUGACCUCCUGAGGUCCCUUCCAACCCUGAUAUUCUAUGAUUCUAUAUUUAAAAUUACUUUAAUUACAAAUUUUAUUUCACUGUAUCAGACAAAAUUUCCACUGGGACCAACCACACACGCAUUGCACACAGAAUAUUACCACCAUCACAACUGGCAUUAAUUGGCAGUCUCAGAUGGGAAGCCAAGCACUAAGAGAUUAUAUCUCUAAGAACCUCAUUGAACCUCCAUUAAAGUCAGUUGAUAGAUCCCCAGUGACUUCACCGACAGUUGGACUGGGCCUUUACCCAGAGGUGGCCCUUUUUCUGGCAGAGCUGAAACACUGGCAUAAUAGUGUGAUGCUGUACUUAACCUAUGGAUAAAUAAGGGGUUUUCAGGGCAGUCAAAUAGGCUACUACUUUCAAAAGUACAAAGGGCUCAAUCCUGCAAGGUGUUGAGCAUUCUCAUCCAAUCCAGCAAAACACAAGCACAUACUUAAUUUAAGCAUGAGCAGAGUCAAUUGGACUAUUCAAGAGUUUAGUGCUUCAUUGGGUCAGACUAAAGUGCUCCGCACCUUGUAGGACUGAUCUCUAAAUUCACAAACUUGCUCAGAGCUUGACUCUGCUAUUCUUAUGUAUGUUGAUCCGAAAAUGGUGGCAGAACUGACAUCCACUGAUGUCAAUGGAAGUGCUGUGUGUGUGCAACAAUGAAGGAUCAGGCCAAUUUCCCUCAGAAACAUUACUUCUGAUCAACUGUUGUCCAUUUGAUAUACCUUUAUAUAAAAGAAACUGUAAUCACUUACACAAUACUGAAUAUUUUGGUUAACUUGAAAAUUGUUAGAAGCCACUUGGGCUUUUAUUUUUCUGAGGAACAUAUAGUAAGGAAUAUCACAAAAUAAUAGAGUGGUAAUAAUAGAGUGGUACUGUUAGAACAUAUUUUUCUUGCUAGAGAUGGGCCUUCACUAUGAAGUUUGAAUCCUGAUCCAAACUUUCCUCAAAUGUAAAUGGCUUUGGAUCCAGCAUUUUGGUUUGGCUCUCUCUCACAUUCUUGCUGCCUAGCAUUUAAGAAGAGUAAUAAUAAAAUACAAGGAUUUUAAAAAUACAUUUUCCUUUUAAAAUAUGAUUUUUUAACCAGGAUGAAUUAAUGCAGAAUGGGGGUAUAGGACAAUUAUUCACACUCAUGGGAUGCAUAUACACUUAUUAUCUGAGUCAUGUUUAUAUUUGUUUUGAGUUUACUAGUACAUAUAUUUACAGUUAUCCAGAUAAGAAUGUUCUCAUGGGUUUCCCUUACAUUCUUAAUUUAAUACACCCAUCCAAGCUCUAUGAAGAAAAUUUCAAAUACCUCUGUUCAAUGGGGGGUGGGGUGGGAUGCAAGGGGAGCCAUACUUGUUUUUAUAUGAAGGAUACCAAAGUAAUGUAUUUUACAAUAUGGCUAAAACCCUGCAGAACUUUGCACUCAUGCAUAAGCCCCUCAAAAGCACAGCUGGAUAUACUUGUUUUUCAAGCAUAAUACAGGAAUGGCAUUUUUCUAAGCAUUUUGUGACUAUUAAUACUGUUAGAUCUCUGUAUGUCAAAGGUUUACCUUGAAAAGAGAUAGAUAUUUUAUUAAUCUUUUUACCGUCUAGAAAAGGCGCUGUAUUUUAAGGAAUGUUGUCAGUGACCUAAGAAAUAAAAAUUGCACAUACUCAAAACCACCCCCUUAGUGUUGCAUUUAUUUUUCUCUGUAUUGCUCUCGUUACUUCUUGUCAGAUGUUGUCUGGAAGAAAUAAAUGCACAAUGUGGAAAUAGGAUUCUUAUUUUCCCCCCAGAUUUUAUCUUUUUAACGUUCUCAGAAAAUUUAUCACUUUCACACCAGCUUCUCUCAUUACAGGGUCUUCAAUGGAGAUUGGAUUUGGCUGUAGUCACUGGAAAGACUCCCACUGAACUAAAUUUCGUAGGAAUUGUUACUAUUUUGACCUUAGUUGAAUUUACAAUACACUUAUGUGAGAAGCUAAGUUUCUCCUACAGUUAUAACAUCCUUUACGUCCUAGAAUUUCCAUCUAUUAUUCCAGGGUGACACACUGGCCACCUGUGUAACAGAGGGCAAAAUUUGCCCCCUAGAUAGAUCAAAACACAGGCAGCUCGUGAGCAGGUGACUGGAAACAGCAACAGGCAUGAGCCCCCUAAAAGCUGCAAAACAGCUGCUGUGGAUUUGUGGCUCUGCAGUUGUGGCCACUCUCUUUAGUACCAUCCGUAGACCUUAUGGUGAUUUCUCAACGAUCUUGUGCAGGAAAUGUCUCCACACACUGAAACUCCUCCAAGGCCUGGCUGCAGGCAGGAUUCCCAUCACAGACGGUGGGUAUCAAAGGCCAGGGAAGUCUGAGUCUCCCCAAACAGCAUGACCUCACCCACCCCCAGACCUCCUCCUGCUUUCUGCUAGCCUCUGUGGCUUUUACCCCGUGGCUAGGGCUAGCAGGGGACUGACCUGCAGCUAGGGACUCCGGGUGGCCGAAGCCGGUGCUUGUGCUGCCUGUCACUGGGGACUGUGCCACGCACCCGGAGCUGGAAGUGCUUGGGCAGGGGGGGAGGGGGCCCUCUGGGCUCUGUUGGGAGAAUGGGGGGCAGGGCCCCAGGCAGAAGGAUCGGGCCAGGGCUAGCCUCCCUGAGCGCAGUUCACCCGCUUCCCGUGGCUCUUGGGAGAGAUUUAAGUACUCCCUUCUUUCUCUUCCCCUGCACUUGCAAGAACUCAUUCCUCCUGUUAUGGCUGCAGAGGGUUUUUGAAAGCUCCACAUCCUGCCUACUACCCAUAACGGCAAAGCGUGGACAAAUGACUGUAUCCUACUGAAUUUCUAUACAAAGUAGACAUUGCAAAUAUAAGUUAGGAUCAGAUAAAUAAUACAAGAGGGCCCAGAGGGACAAGAAAUGUGGGAAGAAAAAUAACAAAGUGAGACAUUUGGAAAAAAAAGCCAGGCCAAUGCAAUACAAGGAAAAAUAGUCCAACACACAUAUACGGGUGGGAUAAAAAUGGGAAGUAUAAAUGCUGAAAGACACCAAGUUGUGAGGACCAGACAGCAAGUUCAGACAUGAGUGCAAUGUGGCAGAACAAAAAAAAGCCAUUAAUUCUAAGUAGGGCUGUCAAACAAUUAAAAAAAAAUAACUGCGAUUAAUCACGAGGUUAAAAAAUAGUUGCAAUUAAUUACAGUUUUAAUCGCACUGUUAAACAAUAACAGAAUACCAAUUUAAAUGUAUUAUAAAUAUUUUUGGAUGUUUUUCUAUAUUUUCAUAAAUAUUGAUUUCAAUUACAACAAAAAAUACGAAGCGUAGCACACUCAGUUUAUAUUAUUUUUAAUUACAAAUAUUUGCACCGUAAAAAAGAAACAAAAAGUAGUGCAAUCUACAAGUCGAAGCAUGAAUGGACAUACAAAUGCUUAGCAUAUCUGGCACAUAUAUACCUUGGAACAUAUAUACCUACAACAGUGCCAUGCUAGCACCUGUCCUCACCUUCAGGUGACAUAAAUAAACGAGCAGCAUUAUCUCCUGUACAUGUAAACAAACUUACUUGUCUCAGUGAUUGGAUGAACAAGAAGUAUGACUGAGUGGACCUGUAGGGUCUGUAUAGUUUUACAUUGUACUCAAAAAUAAAACAGUUAGUUAUAUGGAAAAAAAAAAUUCUACAUUUGUAAGUUGCACUUUCACAAUAAACAGAUUGCACUACAGUACUUGUAUGAGAUAAACUGAAAAAUACUAUCUUUUGUUUAUCUUUUUUACAGUGAAAAUAUUUGUAAAAAAAAUAGAGUGUACAGUGCUCACUUUGUAUUUGAUGUUGUAACUGAAAACAUUUGAAAAGAAAGAAAACAUACAAAAUAUUAUAAUAAAUUUUAAUUGGUAUUCCCUUAUUGUUGAAUAGCGCAAUUAUUUUUGAGUUAAUUUCUUUGGCGUUAUCGCCUGAGUUAACUGUGAUUAAUUGACAGCCCUAAUUCUAGGCUGCAGAUGCACCACAUAGCUAGGCUAGCUGGUGACAUUCCCUUAGGUGACUCCUGCAAAGGAAAUAUCUUUGUGUGUACACCAGAAAGAGGCUGACAAGCCACAGUGAGGUCAGAGAAGAGCUACAGGCCCCCUCAGGCCGGGGCUUGGUUCGGAAAGCAGAUGUGGAGCCUGGGGAAGCGCUGCCUGUGAGCCUCCGGGGGCAUGUUGCUCACUCGUUGCCAGGCCUGCAACCUUUGGUGUUUUCCAUAAUGCACCAGCUGCCGGAGCCGCUCCUCACUCAGUCAGAGCCCAGAGCCCGCGUCUAGAGCACGUAGCUGCGGACAAACGCUCGAAAGAGCCACUGGAGGGACCCCGAAAGGCUCGCACCCCCCAAGGCCACUGCAAAGCACCCAGCCUGGCGGCACCGCCGCCUCCGCCCGCCCGCCCGGGGCUGGGGUUUGAUGAGCUCCCAGGCGGCCGAGUCUCGCAGGGCGGGGCCCUUCUCAGACGCUCCGCGGGCUCUGGGAACAGAGCACCUCCGGCACCGCGGGCCGCAGCGGAGACAAUUCAUGAGGGGACUCCAGCUCCCGGCAUGCCCUGGGCCCGACAGGGCCAUGAAGAGUCAAUGUCCCGACAUGGAACGGGCCGGUGGCGCCCGCAAAGCAUGCUGGUAACUACAGUCCCCGGCCCGGCGCAGUGCACCCUGGGAGCUGUAGCUUGCAUAGGGCCUAUUCGUUUUGCCCACCGAAGCGAGGCCCUCCAGCCCCUGGGCACGCGCGGCUCACUGCGGUUCUCCCUUGACCAGAACCCCCGCGGCAUCGACAGCACCGCUUCCGCUUCCGUUGUCCAGGCGCUUCCGGCGUGGUGACUUCCGCUCCCACAGUGCCCCGCGCCGAAUCAUGGACCACAAUGACAAUGAUUUGCAAGGCACUAAUAGUUCUGGAUCGUUGGGUGGUCUUGAUGUGCGCAGACGAAUCCCUAUAAAGCUCAUCUCCAAACAGCCCAACAAAACCAAACCUGCACCACGCGCUCCAAGAAUUAUGAACAGGAUGCCUUCAAAGGCACAGGCUGGUGAUGAAGAAGAAUUUGAUUAUAAUGAAGAGGAGCGGUAUGAGUGCAAAGGAGCAGACAUGUUUGGGAAUCCAAGAAGAUUCCCUGGACACAUAUUUUGGGACUUUAAGAUAAACUUGCUGGGAGAAAAGGAUGAUACGCCAGUCCAUUUCUGUGACAAGUGUGGAUUGCCCAUCAAAUUGUAUGGGCGCAUGAUACCUUGCAAGCAUGUUUUCUGCUAUGACUGUGCUAUAUUACAUGAGAAGAAGGGUGACAAGAUGUGCCCAGGCUGUAAUGAUCCCGUGCAGCGAAUUGAGCAAUGUGUGCGAGGGUCUCUCUUCAUGUGUAGCAUUGUUCAAGGGUGCAAGAGAACAUAUUUGUCUCAGAGAGACUUACAAGCUCACAUCAACCAUCGUCAUAUGAGAGCUGGAAAACCUGUUACCCGUCCUCCACUUGAACCUGUUCAUCCUCCUAUUGCCCCACCUCCUGCUGAAAUUCCUGAGCGUUUCAUAAUGCCACCUGAUAAGCAUCAUAUGAGCCAUAUUCCACCAAAGCAGCACCUCAUGAUGCCACCACCUCCUUUACAGCAUGUGCAACACGAGCAUUAUAACCAACCACAUGAGGACAUUCGUGCACCCCCAGCAGAGAUGUCAAUGGCUCCACCACCACCUCGCUCAGUCAGUCAGGAUACGUUUCGUAUUUCCACGAGAAAACACAGCAAUUUAAUAACUGUCCCUAUUCAGGAUGAUUCAAAUUCAGGUGCUCGAGAACCACCUCCACCAGCCCCAGCACCUGCUCAUCAUCAUCCUGAAUAUCAGGGUCAACCAGUGGUAUCCCAUCCUCACCAUAUUAUGCCUCCACAGCAACAUUAUGCACCACCCCCGCCACCACCACCACCAAUAAGCCAUCCAAUGCAACAUCCUCCCCAGGGAGCAGGUACUCCUCAUAUGGUUUAUAGCCAAGCUCCACCACCACCGAUGACCUCUGCUCCACCACCAAUAACCCCUCCCCCUGGACACAUAAUUGCCCAAAUGCCACCAUAUAUGAAUCACCCUCCUCCAGGACCUCCCCCUCCUCAACAUGGUGGCCCACCUGUAAAUGUAAAUGCACCCCCUCCCCAUCACUAUAAUCCUAACUCUUUGCCGCAGUUCAGUGAAGAUCAAGGAACUCUCAGCCCUCCUUUUACACAGCCUGGGGGAAUGAGUCCGGGGAUGUGGCCCGCUCCAAGAGGGCCUCCUCCACCCCCAAGAAUGCAAGGUCCACCUUCUCAAGCCCCACUUCCUGGACCACAUCACCCAGAUCAAACCAGAUAUAGACCAUACUACCAAUGAUAUUAACAAUAAUUUGAACUGAGUAUGCUAUGGGAAGGAUAAACUAUAUACAGCAGCCUUUUAAUGAAUCUGUUUUUGGGGUCUCUCUUUUUUUUUUUUUUUUUUUUUUUCCCUCCUUUCCCCCUUCCCGUUUCAAAGAAAUACAAUGGUUGUGACUAACACACUCUGGGGACUAGACUCUUGAUUGAUUUUUAUACCUUGACGUUAGGACUCUGACUUCAAAUAUACUGUAGUGCUAAGAUAAGUGGCUCAGUAGAUAACAGCUACAUUUUUAACAGACUGUGUCCCUAGUGAGGUUAAACUCUCUGAGAGAUGGUUAUUUGUAAUAUUAUUUCCUGAAAAAUUGAACACCCGUUGUACCACUCUAUUGUUUUUGUUAAAUCCAAUGUUUAGUUUUACUUGUGAUACCUUUUUGUUAACCUGUGUACAAUAAUUAAAUUUAAAUAUGGUUGUAAAAA